UGUUUCCGUUUUUUAUCAAUUUUUAGCGUUAUAUGGUCGGAUUCUGUGAUUUGUUUGAUUAAAUUAUUACGUCCACAUAAAAUUUUAUUUUUUAAUAUUAAAAUGCCAAUGGAUCCAAAUGUUCUUUCCGGUCAAGAUUGCCGCGGAAAUGAACAUAGUUCUCAACAUAGAGAUCAGAGAAUAUCUCUUGGAGUUGAGGAGAUUGUCAACGAAGAGGAAGCUCGAAGGAGAAGAGAGCAAUUGAAUCGCAGACCCUCUUAUCGAAUGAUUCUCAAAGACCUGGAAACUGUUGGCGACAAACCGUUAAAAAAGGAAAUGGACGAACCCUCUUUAUCUGCCGAAAUGCUUAAUAAUGACGGUGGCCAAGUUCAACAACAAAUUUCUAGUCAAUCACCGGACGAGAGUUCAACAACUUCAAACUUUCUCUCAUCAGAUAAUGGAGUUGCUCAUUUAAUCAGGAAUUUUCCGCCACCCAAUAACACGGGACUUAAUAAUGCUCCUCCUCCACCUCCACUUGCACCAACAGCACCUCUUUGCGUUGGUGUAUCCUCUGCUGCUUCAAUUAGUUCAACUCCAAACCCUAUAGGAGCUCAAGCACUUCAUCUCUCCUCCCCUACUCAAGCACAUCUCUCAUUAGGACAGUUAAACUUAAUUGCUCCACAACAACAUUCUAGUGUUUCCCAGAGAAUCCAGAGUACAGUGGCGCCAACUGUUGAAAUCCCUUCACAGCCUCAACCUCAAAUUCGAGCUGGACAACAACCCCUACUUAAUGCAGUAAACAACCUUGAAAUGCUGGGCUUGAAGACAGGUGCCGUGCCUGAAUCAAUUUCGACGGCAUUCUCUCAAAAUGAUUGGCAGAACAACCUUUUAACAACCUAUAAUAGACAGCAACAUCCAUCAGUAGCACCAAAUCAUUUGUUGCAACAACAGCAAACUCCUCCCUCAAAUUCUUCUACUUCAGCUAUUACUUUAACUGGCAUUAAUAGUAGUAAUAAUAAUGCCUCUGUUUCUGGUGGAGGAACCUCUCAGCAUGUUGGACCGCCUCAAAAUCAUGGAGGUCUAGGUCGGGAUUUUUUAGUUAUCUUUAUUUUAAAUUUUCUUCUUUAG